AUGACAACAGAAACACGCAAACCUGUCGAUAAGAAGUACUCUCCACCUCCACCACGUGAAGUAGAGGUCAAGUUUGGCAAAGGUGUCUCUGGUACACUUGCCAUUCCCCAUGCUUUGGAUUCAGAUAACCCAUUCGAACAAGACUUGGCUCCAGCUACACAUAAAGCCGCGCUCAUUCUUCAUGGACAAGGUGGACACAGAAACUACUGUUACCAAAAGCAUUUAGCCCAUCGAUUAGCAAAUGACUUGGGCAUUUUCAGCUUGAGAAUUGAUUUUAGAGGAUGUGGUGACUCAGCUGACAAUGAAGACAAAUUGGAAGGAAGAACUUUGACGCAAGAUUGUGAAGAUAUCCAAGCUGCUGCUGAAUUUCUUCGAGAUGGGAAGUUGAAUGGGGUAGGUAUUGAUCUAACAUUGAGUUCAAUAAUCUCGCAUUCGAGAGGUGGUGUUGCCAUGUUCCUCUGGGCUUUGAAACAAGAUGAAUUGUUGAAGAAAAAUGACCCCAGCGCCAUCGUUGUGCCUAAUUUGGUCAAUUGUGCUGCCAGAUAUACGUCGGCCACUGUGUUGGAAAGAUACAGCGAUUUUGGAGGUCUUGAUUACAUGCCAGGAGUACUUAAUUUCAGAUACGGUAAAUACGUCCCCAUUGAUUUAUCCGCGAGAGAGAUUAUCACGUUAUCAAAACCCGAUUUUUCCAGCUUGAGUGAGUUGUCACGCGAUUUCAGUGUUUUGAGUAUUUAUGGGCUUGAAGAUCAAAUCAUUCCAAGGUAUGACUCAGCAAAUUUUGCCAAUGUUUUGAAUCGAGGACCCAAAUCACACGUGUUGAAGUUGAUACCUGAUGCUGAUCACAAUUUCUAUGGCCACCACAAAAUUCAACCCGAUGACCAUUUUGAUGACGUGAAUCCCUAUAAUUUGCCAUUAAAAGGUGAUAGAGUUAACUUCAAUUACCUUGCUGUUGAUUACAUUGUUGAAUACCUUUCUCCAGAAGAAGAGUUGGAUAGGUUUUUGCAAGCUACCAAAGUGGUGGGUAAAGUUCCGCGUUGGAAGCAUGUUGAAGGGGUGAGCAAUUUUAGAGAUAUUGGAGGCUGGCGAGUUCUCAAUCCGACUUUCAAGUUGCACAAGGCAACAUCAAAUGCAACCUAUUAUGUGAAACCAAACUUGGCAUUUAGGUGUGCCAAUGUUGCUGGUAUGACGGAGAAUGGUCUUCAACAACUCAAGAAACUUGGUAUUAAAGCAGUAUUUGAUUUACGCUCUGAUGGAGAAGUGGCAAAGGAUGGGUACCCUGAGGGGUUGGAAAAGUACGGGGUCAGGAGAAUUCAUGCACCGGUAUACUCCAACGACGAUUAUUCUCCGCAAGCAAUUGCCAUAAGAUACACCAAUUUAAUGACUUCUUGGUCAACAUAUGUCCAUGUCUAUGAAGAUAUGUUGGAGUUUGGAAUCGGGUCAUUCAAAACCAUUUUCGAAUUCAUUUUACGUGAAAACCAACCAUUCUUGUUUCACUGCACUGCUGGAAAAGACCGUACUGGUGUAUUGGGCAUGUUGUUUUUGUUGUUGGCCGGUGUUGACAAGGAUACAAUUGGUAAGGAGUAUGAAUUGACUACAAUUGGGUUAAGACCCGAUCACCCGGUUCUCAAAAAUAGUUUUAUCGAGACCGUGACAAAAUUAAAAGAGAAAAUCAGUGGCAACACCGACGGCAGCUCGUCAGCUGCUGACAUUGAGAAAUUGAUUUCUCGUGGUAGAAGUAAUUGGAGUCUUGAAGAGGACGGCUUCAAAAAUUUGGUUAGCUCUCGAUACGAAGCAAUGUUGGCUACCAUUGCUUCUUUUCAAGAAACUUAUGGAAACAUUGUUCGCUAUAUGAAUGAGAAGUUGGGUUUCAGUCACGAGGAGAUUAGACGUAUUUACGAGAAUAUCGUCGUUGUUGAUUCUGACAAUUAUGGAUUUGACAUCUUUGCAAAUGCUCAAUGGGACCAUCGUUCAAAAUUCUAG